CGCAGCAUUAAUUGCUCGUCACCAAAUUCUCCGCCGUCCGGUGAGCUGUCUCAGAUCAAUCUUCGCCGGAAUGCCGUCUCCCAUCAACGCAUGACCUCCGUCUCCCUUUCCCUUUUAUACCCAUAUUUACAGCUUUCUCUCGUAAACAUGAUUCUCGUGUCUUGCUAGAAACCUUUUCCUUUCCUCCAAUUUUGAGUUCGGGUUUGUGGCAAAGAGAGGAGAAGAUUGAUUAAUCUUCCCCCAUUUCAAACGUGAAUUAAAAAGAGGGUGGUGAGUUGGUCAGCUUUCAUUUCUGGCCUGUCACAAGUGAGAGUCCAAGUGAAUUAAUUUCUGCCGUUGAUUCAGCGAUAUCCUUAGUUCCCGGCGAUGUCUCUGACGGACCGGCCGCCUCCCACGUCGUCUUCAUCGUCAGCCUUGGUGUUAUCGGCUUCCAGAGAGGUGGAUCCGCUGUUGAAGGAUCUGAGUGAGAAGAAGCAGAGUUUCCGGCGGAGCGUGGUGUCACUGGCGGCGGAGCUAAAGGAGGUGCGUGGCCGCCUUGCGUCUCAAGCACAGAGCUUUGCUCGCGAAACCCUAACACGACAGGAAGCAGAAAGCAGGGCGAAGAAAAUGGAAGAAGAAAUAAACAUAUUGCAAAAGAAUUUAGAGCAGAAAAAUUGGCAGAUUCAAGCUUCCACUUCCACUGCUGAGAAGUAUCUGAGAGAGGUGGAAGAUCUCAGAUGUAAACUUUCAGCCACACAAGCAACUGCAGAUGCAAGUGCAGAAACAGCACAAGCUGUGCAAAUUCAGUGUUUGGCACUCAUCAAGGAGUUGAAUGAGAAAAGCAAUUCAUUGAAGGAACAUGAAGAUUGCAUAAGUAAACUUAAGGAGCAAUUAAGUCUGUUGCAAAAAGAUCUUCAAGCACGGGCAUCUUCCCAAAUGCAACUGAAACAUCAGGUUUUGAGGAUCGAAAAUGAUAUCAGGCAGGCAUUCGCCAAAGAACUUGAUGAGGAGGUUUCACCAAUUCGCUUUAAGAAGAUCGUAGAGCUUUUGAGUGUUAAAGAUCAGGAGAUAGCAAAGAUGAGAGAUGAUAUCAAGACCAUGUCUGCUCAUUGGGAGCUAAAAACAAAGGAGUUGGAGUCCCAGUUAGAAAAGCGCCAAAGAGCAGAUCAACAGUUGAAGAAGAGGGUCUCAAAGCUGGAAUUCUGUGUCCAAGAGGCUCGUGCUAAGCUUCGGAUGAUGGGAGAACGACAAGAUGAAGCCCUUAAGGAAAUCAGAGACAAACUAGCGAGUAAACAAAAUGGAACUUCAAGCAAUGAGAAUCCAAAUUUCUGGGAAAAAUCGGGUUUCAAGAUUGUGGUCUCAAUGUCGAUGUUGGUUUUGGUACUCUUCACUAAGCGAUAGUUGGCCUUCUUGUGUUCAUGUGUAAAUGACGUUUGCUCAAAUGCUGCAUGUAGCUAGAAAGUUACACUUGAGGGCACUGAUUAGGUCUGUGCAGGAGCAAUAUUGUAUAAAGCGCUAAGCUUGUAGGUAUGUAUAUCAGAGAUAAUUUAGUCCUCAGCAAGAUUUAAUUUGGAUUAGAUAGUUGUUGUAAUGACAGCGAUUAGUGACGAGGAAUUUAUUAGAUGAGGUUCUUGAAUCUUCAUCUACAGCUUUACAAUUGUUAACAUUCAGAACUGUUGCUAUUAUUAGAGUAUAUCAUAGGGUGACUGAUG